GCCUGCCAGAGGAGUUGCUGGAGACUUCUGGAGCACACCCGAUUGCUGCUGCCACAAGGCCCCAGCCAGCCAGCCACAAUGUACUGCCUGCAGUGGUUGCUACCUGUCCUGCUCAUACCCAAGCCCCUCAACCCAGCAUUGUGGUUCAGUCACUCAAUGUUCAUGGGCUUCUACCUGCUCAGUUUCCUCCUGGAACGGAAACCUUGCACGAUUUGUGCCUUGGUCUUCCUGGCAGCUCUGUUCCUCAUCUGCUACAGCUGCUGGGGGAACUGCUUCUUGUAUCACUGCACAGGAUCCCAGUUGCCGGAAUCAGCUCACGAUCCCAGCAUAGUGGGCACCUAGAAAACAAUAAUCUUCCAGUCUGCUGAGGGCUCUUGUUUUGCUUUUAAAAAGGGGGUGGGCUAGGGAGGAGGGGGGGUGUUAGGCAUGUGACUGGAGUAAAACCAGCCUGUUUCCUGUAACUUUGUGUGGACUAGAGUGGUAAAUUCCUCCCACUCUGCCUGUGAAAUUUGACUUGUUUACUGUGUGAACUCUGGCAGCACCACCUGCUUUUUUAGAAGCAGAAAUCUUUUCUUUUUUUUUUUCCUUCCCGUAUCACCGGGAACAGACACCAGCCCUCCUAACUGAGAACUGGUGGAGGACCCAGCUGCUGGGCUCUGCCCAGCUAUUGUGCAGUGGUGGAGUUGUGUGUCACUUACAUGUCUGCAUUAGGCCAUGGAGGUCUAACUCAGGGCCCUCAGCCCACUGAUUCUGCUCAAGUAGCUACAAGAUUCUCUCCAUCUUUCUCUUUGUGGGGAGCCAGCCUUCCCACCUUGCUGAUCAAGGGCAAGCUCGACAGCUCACAGAUGCACUUGGCCAAAAGCUGCUGGAGCCAGAGGCAGUUGAGUCAUCUCCUCCUGCUCAGCCUGCCAAAGAGAUGCGUGCACUGCCGAAGUGCUUUCUGAACUACUUAUGCUCCAAGAUCAUAGCCUGAAAGCCUCAGUUAUGCUGCUGCUUUUAUAAAGCCUCACAGGUAGUAGAGACUGUCUCUUCACCUCCUCCUAGAUUUCAGGGUUUACUGAGGUAUUGACCGUUGGGAUAAAGAACCAGUUUGCUACAAGAUGUGGGGUUUUGGAAGCCACUGUGAACCUCACCCGACAAAACUCACGCUAGCCCAAAAGGCCAGGUGUGGGCAGGGCAGGAGAGGAUCCCGAGGUGGAGGCA